AUGGCGUUGGAGAAUCAAAGCUUCGUCAUUUCGUCGGAGUUGAUGAUAGUGCUUGUCGUCGCCGAAGUUAAUUGGGAUUUCGUCGCCUUGUUUCGUAAAAGAUUUCCGAGUAACAAAGGAGGAAUAACUUUAGUUGUUGAUCCCUUAACCACAUCAUCUAACGCUUGUGCUUUUGAGAGCCCCUCUCGUUUCACAUUGUUAGGAGAUGUGGAUGAAGUUGUGACAGAGCCUUCUAGCUCAUUCAGCUUGACAAGAGGUGGAAGGGAAAUAAAACUCCCAACCAAAUACCAAGACAUGGAUUGGAAGACAGAGGAGAUUCAACCACUUUCAUGCAAACUUUAUCCAGCUAUAAGACCUUCGUCUUAUCAUUAUGCAUGGUACGAUCAAUGUCUUCUCUAUAUUAGUACGAUUGAAGAAAAAAAUCCAGUCCCGACUAACUAUAACAACACUUUUUCUAUGCACAACCCAAAUAACGUGAGGGGGGAUGCAAAACUGUUUGCCAUGAGGGCGAUGGAUAGUCGUAUCAUAUUUUACGCGGCAGGAGAAAAAAAGCUCGGAAAAAAUAAAUUAUAUGCAAUGGUGCAAUGUUUAGAACAUAUAAAGGAUUGUAAAAGUUGUUUGACAUGGAGUAUCUCAAAGAUUUUCGAAAACAACAACAUUAAACAAGGAGGGAGAGUUUUGGGUACGGAGUGUGAUGUAAGGUAUGAGCUAUACCCUUUUCUUAGGAGUUAA